GGAAGCUGAGCUGCACUAAAAGAGAACCCCACACAGCUCACCGGAUCUGUCUUUUACAACGCAACAGCUCACGGCUCAAUUCGACAAACAUCAACAGAAUCUGCGUACUCCGUAUAGGCUGAAUAUGUCCGAUACCAAAGACAGCGCACCGUCCGGGUGCCCUGUCCCCCACGACACACCGUCCAGCAGCGAGGCAGCAUGCCCCGUCGACCACACCCAGCGGAAAACAUGGAUGUCGACCUUAACCGGCAAGACCGACGACAAGCCCCUGCCGCCGACGGCAAAGGAGAGCGUAGUCCCGAAAGACCCCAGCAUAGAACUCGCUCAGGACCGCGAGAUAUCGUCGAUUCCGCGCGCGGAUGCGUUCAGCGCAUACAAUGGUGGCGAAGGCGGACAUGGCGGCGCUAUCCGCGGCACGUCGAAAUGGGUCUAUCCUUCCGAGGAGAUGUUUUACAAGGCUAUGAAGCGGAAAAAUUGGGAUCCGGAGGCAGCGGAUAUGAGGGUGGUCGUGCCGAUCCAUAACGCGGUCAACGAGCGCGCGUGGAACGAGAUUCUGCAGUGGGAGAGACCUAUGGGCGCGUCAAAAUGCGGUGGACCGAAAUUGGUGUCGUUCAGCGGUGAUGCGAAGAAUAUCAGUCCCAGAGCUCGCUUUAACUCUUUACUCGGUUAUUCGCUACCAUUCGACCGUCAUGACUGGAUUGUCGAUCGCUGUGGAACUCGUAUAGAGUACAUCAUUGACUUUUACGCGGGCAAGCCAAAUCCUCAAAACCCCGGCCUUCCGAGUUUUUACCUCGACGUCCGACCCAAGCUUACCUACGAAGGCGCCAAAAUGAGAAUACAGCGGUUCUUUGGCCUCAUCUGAUGAAUUUCGCAGUGGGGACAAUCGGGCUUUUGUUUUAUUUGUAUAUAUGUAAAAGGGAGGCGACCACGAGCAAUAACA